AUGACGUCCUCCAUGCCAGGCGAGGAUGGUAUUCCCAGGGAGCUGAAGGAGAAGUUGGCCACGUUUGAUACCCACCUGUCUGAGUUAGAGGCAGGGCUGGCACCCUUGUUGUCGGUCAAUCGUCUAGAUCUUAGCGAAAAGUUGGAACCCAUUGAUGAAGCCAAGACAGAUCUGGUGGCAGCUUACGCAAUCAAUUCUUUAUUCUGGAUGUACCUCAACGUGUCUGGUGUCAACCCCAAGGAGCAUGCAGUCAAACAAGAACUGACUCGGAUACAGAGCUACAUGACUCGCGUAAAGGAGCUUGAGGACAAGAAAAAAGCACCUAAGCUCAACAAGGAGGUCAGCAAACGCUACGUGAGAGCAGCUUUAUGGAAGGCAGCGCAGCAUACGCCAGAGCAAGGACCAUCUCCUAGAGCAAGUAUUUCAUCAGCCCAGACGUCUGACUCACAACCGUCCCAGACGUCUGACUCACAACCGUCCCGGAGAGAGGACAAGCGCAAGAGGAAAAGAGAUGAAUGA